CUUCUGCAGUUCCAUAUGAUUGAGUAUUGUGGAGCGGCGGCUGAGGUCAGGAUGGCAGCCGUGUGCGCCCGCUGAUGUCGCAGGAUGGCGGCAGCCAAGGCGGGGGCGGCGCGGGCGGCUGUGGGGGGUCGGGCACCGCCAGCAGCCCCCAGGAUAGUGCCAUCACUCUCUCCGUGCCCCGCCCCGACCACCAGCGCACCACCAACCUCUACGUUGAUACCCCAUUCAAGCACCGGGUGGCACCCCGUGCCCGCCACGGCCACCACCACGCCUCCACACCUUCCCGCGUCCACCUUGAUCUGGCUCUUGUGCACGGCGCCCCUGCCCGCUCUAGCGGCAAGCGGCCCUCCAAGCUCACACCCACCGCCCAUACCAGCGUGACCACGGCGCCCGUCAAGGGCAGCAGGAGCGGCAGCUCAAUGCUACAGCAGCAACAGCAACAGCCGGCCGGCAGCCGCACCCCAGUCAUUAGUAAACAGCCGACGGCCAUCACCUUUACUAAGGGUGGGCGGGAGGACGCUGAUGGGGAGAGUAUCAUCUGUUCGUGGUGUGGGCGGUGUAGGUGUGAGGCGUGCACCAGGCCGCGCCCACCGCCCGCAGCCUGGCUCUGCCGCAACAAGUGCCUCUGCUCACCCGCAGCCGCAGUCGACUAUGCGUCGUGCCUGUGCUGCGUGAAGGGCAUUCUAUACCACUGCGGGAAAGAUGGCGAGGCCGGUCUUGCCGCAGCGGCAGACCAGCCAUGCUCAUGCGGUGGCGGGCAGGCUGCGGCAGGGUGGGUAUGCUUGGCACUAGCCUCCAUCCCGCUGCCCUGCCUCCUCUGCUACUGGCCGCUGACAGGGGCACGGCGGCUGCUGGAGCUGAGCUAUCAGCGGUGCACCAGCCACGGCUGCCGCUGCCCGCAAGGCCGCAGCCCACAAGGCCGCAGCCCGCGGCUCCAUCCACCGCCACCCCUACCACCACCAGAAAAGCGGCCGCUGCAUGACUGUGCGUGAGGUGGCCUUCCCCCCCCCCCCCAUCUGCUGCACAGGCUGCCCCACUGCCCAUGGUGGGCGGCCCGGGCCACCCUAUGAAGCUUUAAUACCCCCCAGGGUGGCCGGCCGGCCCGGGUCGCCCCCACCCCCACACAGCCACCAGGAGGGCAGCAUCAGGGGGGGGCGCGUUGCUGGUGCUGGUGGCGUGGGCGCGCGCCCUCCCCCUAGUCAAGGGCGCCGCGGGCAACAUUCAGGGAUCACGGGCGUGCGGGCGGGGUGGUAGCUACCACCCACACAUCAUUAAUUUAUUCAACGGUUCAUCAUGGUGUUACUCGUGGGUGGAGGCAUGUUGGAAUGGCAGCGCCGCCCACAGUGGGCGGGGGAGGGCGUCACACACACUACUAUUACUGCUACUACCACUCCAGGACGCCCUUCGUUUCCACGCCCACUAGCGCCACUGCUGGUGUGGGCGCUACACCCCCGACCAGGGCCCCGGGUCGCCCCCUUUUCCUGGGCGGCUCUACCAGGGGUAACUACAAGGGCUGGCCACGCCAGUAUCUUCAAGUGGGCCCCCACAACCUUCUAGUGGACCACCCCCACAAUAUUCUGGUGGACCACCCCCACUACCUUCUAGUGGACCACACACAGUACCUUCUAGUGGGCCGCACAGUACCUUCUAGUGGGCCGCACAGUACCUUCUAGUGGACCACCCCCCAGUACCUUCUUGUGGACCACACAGUACCUUCUAGUGGACCACCCCCCAGUACCUUCUUGUGGACCACACAGUACCUUCUAGUGGACCACCCCCAGUACCUUCUAGUCGAUCAGUUUAUGUUAUUGCGAGGAUGUUAUUGUGGCGAAAAUCAGGCCCGAUCUGGCUCUUCCUUUUCCCUAAUUCCCUUGUGUGAAGUGACUAGAGGAGGGGAGUCUACUCUCCUGGCUCCCUCCUUCCCCUCCCCCGAGAAUCCUCAGUGACUCGUGGAGGGAGUAUACCCUUCUUCCCUCCCUCCAGUGACUAGUGCGCCAAAACAGGAGUCGAGCAUGAGGGAACGUCAGCUAAUAUGAGGCUGUGUGUCUGCCUGUCGUUAAUAAUGUGUGAUUGAGGGACCUCAUCCUGGCUUCCAAUGAAUGGAAACGUGUACCAUAGGAGGAGAGCUAGUGGUAUUACGGACAUAAGUCACUACUACUGGGUGUUACGGACACACAUCACUGCUGGGUGAAACUCUGGAUGUUAUAAGGACCCUUUUUUUUUAGGAGGUGGAAGGUGAGAAGCGGAGAAGGAUGGUGAACACUCACCAUUUUUAUUCCUGCCUCACAUAAAGUUGUGGCCAGCACAACACCCUCUUCACCCUCCCCACUCACAAGUGGACCUCAGCACAGACGAACACAAUUACCAUACACUAGCAAAAUGCCAUGAGAAAGUUCCCUUCAUAAAAUAAUUAUUUGUUCACUAGUGUGCUUAUGAAAGAAUAUAAAUUCAAGGAUAUAUAUAUAUAUAUAUAUAUAUAUAUAUAUAUAUAUAUAUAUAUAUAUAUA